AUGGAUGAAUUAGAGUACGAGAGUUUAAUUCAAUGGUCAUGUCGACAGUGUUAUUACAACGGAAUGCUGUCUCAUGCGAGACAAGCAUGCGAAUCGUAUCCAUCAAGUGAUCGCUUGAAAAUACUCCUCGCCUUGGCACUUCAUUUAACGAAUCAGGAACGCGAAGCCUUGAAGGAAGUUUCGGGAAUUAUCCUCCAUGGGGAAUUUAGUCUCCCUGCUCUACUUGUCCAGAGUUUGAUUCACAAAUCCAGUGGAAAUGUCGAUCGAACAACUGUAGCUCAAAUAGAUGCAAAAAUACGCGAGGAUCGAAGGAAAGCAUCUCCUUCCGCACUAUCUCUAGCAGCGAUGAUUCUCCUCUUGAUUCGUCGUCCAGAGAAGGCGAAAGAAUACGCCGAUCGGGCAUUCAAGCAAGAUUCAUCGGAUUCAAAUGUUUUGAUAUCGAAAGGCUGGACGGAUCUUCAUCUCAAUACUCAGAGUACUUUUGGAAGAUCGACAAAUUUUUUCGAAACAAUUCUCAAAUCAAACAGCAAACAUUUGAACGCUCUUUUGGGUUGUGCAAAAUUCAAGGAAUAUCACGACGAUCAUUCAGGUGCAAUUGCAAUUUUAAAUGCGUUAAUCGUUCGUUAUCCAAAGUACAGUUUUCCACUUGUUGAGAAAAUGUUGAAUCAACUUGCCAUGAAGGAAUGGGAACAAGUCCUUGAGACUGCGAAUAGAAUUCAAUCAAUCGAUAACAAUAGUCUCGAUGCAAUGAAGGCAAAAACAUUUCUUGCCCUCUGCCGUGAUGGUGAUUAUUCAGAGGGAGUGAAAUACAUUCAGCAAUUAUUUCGAAAUAUGGUAAUAAUUGAAACGAAAAAUGUUGAUCUCGUUAAUGAUAAUAUUCAACUAUUCUCACGAAUAUCAGGUCGUGAUAAGGAAUUACUGACGGAAUUAUUUCGAAUAACGGAAAAAAUGGCACAUCAAAAUACACAGAGUGGUGAAUUAAUGGUCGAAUUGGGAAAUCUCUGUAUUCUAUUGGGUAAAGUUAAAGACGCAGAGCGAUGGUAUCAAAAUACGGUACGAAUCGAUGAGUCUUCGUUCACCGCUCUGACAGGUUUGGCAAACUGUCAAUUACUUGACACAUCAUCAACUGCCAAGGAAUUAGCAAGUCAACAAGUCGAUUUUCUCAUGGAACUACAAUCCCAUUCGCCAACUCCCGAAAUUCUCUUUAUGUCGGCAAAAUUAUCAAAUACAAAUCCAAAUAAAGCUUUGAAGAAUUUAGACGCGGCGGCGAUAAUUUUGGGGAAAAAUUGCGAAGGACUUCCCUAUGGUUACGAGUAUUUGAAGAAAUUAAAUUGUGAUCUCUGUCUCGAGAUAGUUAACGAGCAUUUACUCCAUUCCCCGGGCGGUGCUUCGAAUGACUUGGAGAAGAGCCCCAAAGUGAAUAAUAAAUCGGAUCUAAAUAAUCCAUGUUUGGCAAUUUUGGAAAAGGUCACUGAAGCGUGUCCUGGUCUCGGCAAUGCUUUGCUAAUGUUGGGAAAAAUUAAAAUGCAAAAUGGCGACUACGAAGGUGCUUUAACGUCUCUAAAGAAAUUAUUGGACAUUGUCGAGCCAACAAAUGCCACUGGUCAUUUAUUGAUGGCACAAAUUUUGGUACACCGAGGACAAUAUCAAUUGGCCUCACAAACAUUGGAGGUGGGUUUGAGUUAUAAUUUUAAAGUGAGAGACAAUCCGAAUUAUCACAUGAUCCUUGGUAUAAUAGCAAAGGAAAAUGGUGAUCUCGAGGCGUGUAUUCAAAAUUUUCGCACGGCAAUGACUUUUGCUGGAAUGAAAAAUACCGAAAAGAAUACUGUUCCAAUUCCGAUUUCAAUAUCCGAUAGGGCUACAUUAUUUACCGAAUUAAUUUUCGCUUAUAUAAAGAUGAGAAAUUUCCGCGAAGCAUUGCUAUUGAUUGAGGAGGCGGAAUUGAAACUUAAAGCUACUGCCGAGGAAGGUAGACUUAUUAUAGCGAAAGCGGAACUUAAUUUAGAAAUGGGAGAUAUUGAUAAGGCACUGAAUUUACUGUCCAAAGUUUUGCCUGGCGAACCGUAUUAUUUGCAGGCUCACAUUAAAUUGGCUGAGAUUCACUUGAAAUACAGAAAGGACCGCGAUGCUUUCGCUAAAUGUUUCAGAGAUCUGGUGGAAAAUUGUCCUGGUUCAGAAACUUACAGCAUGCUGGGUGAUGCUUACAUUGCAAUUCAGGAACCGGAAAGAGCAAUCGAAGCUUAUGAACAGUCAUUAAGAAGCAAUGCGAGCGAUAAGAAUUUAGCUCGAAAAAUGGGAAAAGCUUUAGUGAAAACUCAUCAAUACGAAAAAGCUAUCGAAUACUAUGAGAGAAUCAUAAAACAAAAAGAAUUCGGAGAUUUGAAACUCGACAUGGCUGAACUGUUUAUGAAAUUGAAGAUGUACGAGAAGGCAGAAACGAGACUCCUACAGGAAUUACGAAUUGGUUCUUCAGGUUCGGAUCCCCAAGAUCUGGAGAUUCGAGGAAAACAAUUAUUGUUACUGGCUAAAGUUCGUGAAAGGAGUGGAAACAUAAAAGGAGCACUUUCCACACUAAAGGAUGCGAAAGAUAAUCAAAAUAAAUACGCUCUGCGAGCUGCUACGUCAAGCGAUACGGCAAUUCGUAAGCAAACUUUAACGCAGAUUUGUUUAUACAUUGCUGAUCAUGCAACAACUUUGAGGGAAUUCGAUCAAGCAAUUGAUUAUUACAAGGAGGCCUUAAGUUACAAACCUAAUGAUAUCACUGCUCUAUUGUCGCUCGCCAAACUUUAUAUGCAAGUGAACAAUUUGGACAAGUGCGAACAAACUUGUAUGACUCUUCUAAAAGCCGAUUCAAACAACGAAGCAGCUUCAGUAAUGAUGGCUGAUUUAGCAUUUAGAAAAGUGGAUUUUGAAACUGCUGCGGUUUACUUUCGUCAACUUCUCCUUCAAAGGCCAACUUAUUGGACAGCAUUGGCGAGAUUAAUUGAAGUUUCAAGAAGAACAGGUAACAUGGACGAUCUGGAAGAGUGGGUCUCGCGAGCGGAAAAAUCGAUGGAUCCCCUAAAGCAGGAAGCUGGCUAUUAUUAUUGUAAUGGUCUAUUAAAUUGGCGAAUUGGGAAAUUAAAUACAGCUCUAAGAAAUUUUAAUGCAGCACGACGAGAUCCCGAAUGGGGUCAGCAGGCUAUUUACAAUAUGAUCGAAAUCUGUCUCGAUCCAGACGACGAUUCGCCAUUAUUGAAUGAAGCCUUCAAUGACGAGGACGAGGAGUAUGAAGACGCAAGGACAAUGGCUUUAAAAACAGCUCAACGUUUAUUGAAUGAACUCUUUCCCACUGGCAGUCCACACGAAUCUUUAACUCAUCGUCUUUUGGGUAAUUUUUUCCUUCUCGCCACUAAACAGAAAUACAAUAUCGAAAAGGCUUUACACGAUUGUACAUCGAUGGCGAGUGAUGAUUCUCUUCGCGAUCAUGUGGGUCCGGCAUUGGGUUUAGCAAUGGCUCAUAUUCUUCUGAAACAAACGCCGCGAGCGAGAAAUCAUUUGAAACGUGUCAGCAAGAAUGUAUGGACUUUUGAGGAUGCUGAAUAUUUGGAACGUUGCUGGUUACUUUUGGCCGAUAUUUAUGUUCAAUCGAAUAAAUACGAUUUGUCGAAGGAAUUAUUGAGACGAGCUUUGCAGCAUAAUGCGACUUGUAUCAGGGCGCAUGAAUUGUCGGGUUUUAUUGCGGAGAAGGAGCAAAAUUAUCGUGAAGCUGCGGCACGUUAUGCUCAAGCAUGGAAAUUCGGAGGGAAAUCAAAACUCUCAAUGGGAUGUAAAUUGGCGUAUUGUAAUUUAAAAAGUAAAUUGUACGCCGAUGCAGUUGACGCAUGUAAUGAGGUGUUGAAACAAAGUCCCGAUUAUCCGAGAAUCAAGAAGGAUAUUUUGGAGAAGGCUAUCAAUAAUCUAAGGACGUAAUUUGAUCUAUAUUUUAGAAAUCGUUUGUGAUAGUUUUAAGUCCGUCCAUUGAGAUUCACUCAUCGAUUUUUAUUUCAAUAGUGAAAGAUUGAAAGCAAUAGUAAAAGAUUGAAAAAAAUACUGAAAGACUGAAAAAAAAUAGUGAAAGAUUUAAGAAUGAAUUUAAUGAAAAUAUUUUUAAUAUUUUUAAUAAACAAAAAUUUACACUCGAAACCUUGUUAAAUAAAAUAAUUAUAAAAUUACAUAUAGAAUUAGUACGAUUAGUACGUAAAAUCUUGAUGAUUACAUAAUAAGUAGAAGAAUCUUCUCUAAUUAAUUAAUGAAUUAAUUAAUUACUCUUUCUAAAGAUUUAAUUUUUAGAGAACAAUUCUGAUUUUAAACGGAAAUAACCAGUGAUUGAAAUUAAUUACCAAUAUUUUGCAAUUAAAAAUAUUGGAGUUUACGAUUAACGCAUGGAUUUAUAAAGAAACGGUCUUUCAAGCUGAUUGAAACAAAUUGAAAAUUUUAACAAGUCUAAGAAAUGAGAAAUUCUAUUCCACGAAUUUUAAAUCAUCAGCUCAUCAUUUACUCGUUCUUUAAUAAAUCAUCUAAUUUAUGAUCAAGUUUUUGGCUUUAAUUAGAAAAUUAUCACUUAAGUAUCAAGUGACAUAGACUUUUUUAAAUAAUCUUAUAAUUGAAAUUACCUCAUGAGUUCACCACUAUUUAAAAGGCGGAGGAAAUCGAUAGACUUGCCGAGAAAAAAACGUGAAAGUCAUUACUAUAAGAAAUAUAGCAGCGAUUUUAAUUCAUGAAUAUGCAAAAUCAAUAGCAAUGAAAAAUACUACAAGUCUGGCAUUAAUAUUUUCGAGAAUUGGAGCAACUCAGUAUUAGAUUAUUCAACAAGUAAUGAAAAAUAUUCGCUCUGACCGAUCGCAGUAAAAUUUUAUUCAGAGGUACAUUCAAUGAGAAAUGGACUUUAAUGGGAGUUUAUUCGGAGAGUUCAGCUGGAGGUUUGACUGGGAAUAUUUUUCAUAUUUUUCGUUUACUGUGAAAAUGGAACUUAAAAAAUUAAGAAGACCAAACACAAGAGAGUGUUAUACAACAUGCAAUCGAUAAUACAGGAUUUGGAAAAUUUAAUUUAAAAAUUGCAAUUCUUGGGGCUGCGAUUUAUACAAAUGCAGUUAUUAAUAUUCUCAGCGUUGGCU